CAGAGAUAGGUGCUGCCCACUACAGGAGGCAGUGCCUGGCCCCAGCUGCCAGGGCGAGGUGAUACCCAGCAGAGGGUGCUCUGGACCUAACAGCUGGUCACGAUCACUAGUCACAAGCUUGGUGUCCAGGACCCAGAGCCCUGUGGGCAGGCAGCUUGGGGGACACCCACAGCCAGACGGAGUCCACAGCUGGUGAGGCCACUGAGCAGGGCAAGGCCGGGCCCUGCCCAAAAGGACGCCAGAGUCCUUCACCGGCCCCUGUGCCCCAGAGCCCACCAGGCUCUCCUGCUGGCCCCACCAUGACAUCCGAGCCUACAUCACCCCCAGUGGUCCCACCUCUCCAUUCCCCCAAGUCUCCUGUCUGGCCCACGUUCCCCUUCCACAGGGAGGGCAGCCGGAUCUGGGAACGCGGUGGCGGCAUCGCUCCUCGGGACCUGCCCAGCCCUCUGCCUACCAAAAGGACCAGGACAUACUCGGCGACAGCUCGGGCCUCAGCUGGCCCCGUGUUCAAGGGCGUCUGUAAGCAGUUCUCACGCUCACAAGGCCAUGGCUUCAUCACCCCGGAGAACGGCUCCGAGGACAUCUUCGUGCAUGUUUCUGACAUCGAGGGGGAGUAUGUCCCCGUGGAAGGCGAUGAGGUGACCUACAAGAUGUGUCCCAUCCCACCCAAGAACCAGAAGUUUCAGGCUGUAGAGGUGGUGCUCACCCAGUUGGCUCCCCACACUCCCCACGAGACAUGGUCUGGCCAGGUUGUGGGAUCCUAGGCAGGUGUGUGUGUGUGUGUGGGGUUAUCCCCCACGCGGAGGCAGGCAGCAGCCAGCUCUGUGCUCCCAGUGUGCUGCUGACCAGCCCUUGGGUGUGCUCGUUUGUCUGUCUGUCCGUCCGUGCUUGUGGCCGUGAAUGUGUGCUUCUACCCACCUGUGACCCACGACUUGUGUGAUCCGGCCUAGGGCUGGAUGGAGCGCAGCCACCAGUUAGUUCUGCCUUGGCUUGUUUCUCCUUCCUCCAACCCUGCCACGGAAACACAGGACCUUCUCGCCCUCCUGCCCACUUAUCUAUACACUGAGUCUCUGUGGGUCUGUGUCGUGUCCCUGAGAAGCCAGAGAGACCCCUCUCCUAUGAGCCUGUUCAUUGCUGUCCUCAGACCCACUCAGUCCGGUACCUAGUCCUGUCUGCUUGAGCGCCCGUCUCCUGUGCCGGACCUGGGUGUCUGCUCUGACCUGGACCCUUCCUUUGAGGAGCCAGGCCUUUGAGUGCUUUGCAGGGGCCUCCAACUUUAGCAAGAAGGCAAAACACGGAGAUUCAGGGCCAGCCCCUGCCAGAACCCAGCUCAUCUCCCGGACCCGUCCUUUCGGUGGCCUGGAGAGAACAGAGCCGGGAGCAGGAGGAAACGUAGGUGCUCCUGUCGCAGACCAGUCCUCCCUCCUCAGCCAGCAGAGGCUCUUUGGAAUCCCACGGACCUAGGUUCCUCCCCGAGCUGGGGGAGCCAAGCUCAUUCCAUCCCCAGGGUGAGCUGGGGACAUGGUUUCCUCCAGCUCGGGCAGAACCAUCCUUUCCAUCCUGCAAACUCUGUGGAUGCCCUGCCCAGCGCUGGCCAUGACAGCGGCGGAGGGUGCAGCAGCGGACUGACAUGUCACCCCAGGCAAGGCCAGGUCCAGGCACCCGCAAGAAUGGUCCUCAGCCAGGGAGACCACUGGCCUUGCCCCCGCCCCCUGCCGCCCCCAAUUAGACCCUCUUCCCAAAGCUAUACAAUGGCUCCUAUAGAUCCCUGACAGGUCAGUAGCUGAGCUGGCUCUUAUCCAUUCCUCAAGUGUGACUGCCCCUCUUACCUGGAGUCCCUCUGGGGCUAAGAUGUAUCCCUUCUAGAGAGCCCAUUACCUAACAUGAAGAUAGGUGGGAUCACAGACCCAAGAAGGGCCUGCUACAACAGCGACCCUUAUGAGACCCAGUCUGCAAGUAAAAUGUGGGCCUAGAUGUCCAGGAUGAAGGGGUCAGUGAUUUCCUAGGUGGCCUUGUAGCUCCGGGACCACAGGGUAGUCAUUUGGGGUGUUUGUACCCUCACCUUGUCCUAGAACCCUUUGCCGAGGCCAGCAGCCUAGAACCUCACACUGGAAAAGAUCUACCUACCUGACACCCCACUGUGAACUAGGCUUCUCCAGCAAGGCCUGUCCCUGGAGAACCGUCCUCUGCAAGCUUGAGGACCCGAGUUCAAAUCCCCAACAUGCCUGUAACCCAGCACUGGGUGACAGAGACAGGCAGAUCCUUGACAGGGAACUUGCUGGUGCAGGUGGGCCCCAGGGCCACCUAGGCCUUCCUCCUGUGAGCAGGUCCUCUCCAGACGUCAGCCUGAGGCUGCCUGACUGGCAAGGGGCACCAGGUCUCCUCUCUACUCUCGGACCCUGCAGUGGCGAGUCAGAAACCUCUCCACCCAGACCCCAGCCACGGACUCCCCAUUCCUCCUAACACUGGCAAUAAACUGAACUGUGACCCACCCUG